ACACCUCAGAUAAUACCCAUAGGAUGCAACUAAUACAGUUAUAAUUCACUUGAUUCGCCGAUUGUUGGCGCGUAAACUGAAACGGGACAAAUGGCUACGGAUGCUAUAAUGAGUAUAAAAGACUGUUCAUUAUCAGAGAAAGAACCACCUAAACUCAAUAAGAAGCGCGAUAAUUAUCUUCAUUGGCCGGACUAUUUUAUGGCAACAGCAUUUCUAUCGGCACAAAGAAGUAAAGACCCACGAACACAGGUUGGAGCAUGCAUUGUAAAUGAAGAGAACAAAAUUGUUGGAAUUGGUUAUAAUGGGAUGCCUGUUGGUUGCCACGAUGAUGAAAUGCCAUGGGGACGAGAUUCAGACAACAUCCUGGAAACCAAGCAACUGUAUGUGUGUCAUGCGGAGUUGAAUGCUGUGUUAAACAAGAACUCUGCGGAUGUCAAGAACUGCACGAUUUAUGUGGCGUUGUUUCCCUGCAAUGAAUGUGCCAAGGUCGUGAUACAGUCGGGGAUAAAGGAGGUGGUAUACUACUCGGACAAAUACAAGGACAAACCCGAGUUUGUGGCCUCCAAAAAAAUGCUAGACAUGGCAGGGGUCAAAUAUAGGCAACACAUUCCCAAACAGAAGCAGAUUUUGAUAGAUUUCACAGCCAUUGAUGCAAUGACAGGGACAAAUGUGAAAGAAGUCUUAAAAGCUGACCAGACUUCUUUCUAGGUCAACCAAUUCCCAACAAAGGAUCUCCCAAAUAUGUGUUCAAGAACUAUGUCUUUCUUUUUCAGUGCACUACGUUUUGAUCAGAUCAGGGGGACUCCCAAAUGUGUUCGAGAACUAUGUCUUUCUUUGUCAGUGCACUAUGUUUUGAUCAAUUUAUUACUCUGUUACUUGGUAGAGCCAUUUUAACAAGACCUAGGAAUAUCUACGUCUUGCAUCGAAACAAGUAAAAAAAAUGAUAGCUGUUUGACACAACUAUAUCCAAAGUCCAAGCUCUUGUUAAAAUGGCUUUACAUCUACAUGUACUUUAUCUAGGUUUUGAUGCCUGGAUUAUGUGUUGAGAGAUUAUGAGAGAUUUACAUUCAUCUGUUUAUUGUUAUUGUAUGUUUUGUUUUGAAUACUGGUAAUCCUCAACAUUUUUUUAAAAGCUGAGACUUACUUGUUUAGAGUAUAUGCAUCAAAGGAAAUAAAUUUGAUUAUGUAUAAAAAUAAAUUUGCUUUGAUUGAUCAUGCCUAA